UCGAAUCAGCCAAAAGAAGAAACAUAAAAUAAAAGGAUACCUCAGAAAAUAAACAAAGAAGGCGAACUUCCCCUUCUUCCUCCUCUUCCCUUUUUUCUCCAGUCACCAUCACUCUCACUCAUGACCACCGUCUCUCUACGCUAAAAUCAUUAAAUCUGGACAAUUCUCCUCCUACUUCUAAAGCAUUUCAACUCCCUCACAAAGCUCUUUUAACUUGUCACUAGAUCUGAUUUGGGCCACUAAGCACGCAUAGGUCCAAGAAGGGAAUGAAUUUUGAUACACUCGUCUCUAUUCUUUUCGAAAUUGUAAGUUGUGGCUUGAGCCGACGAAAGGUACUGAGGAGCAGAGUUAAGGUUGUGUUUUGAACGUGUGGCCUAAAUGGAGGCUAGAAUGAAGAAGUACAGACAAGUCAGUCCUGAAAGAGCUAAAGUGUGGACGGAGAAAUCCCCUAAAUAUCAACAACAGCAGAUUAAGAAAGUCCCUGUUGUUUAUUAUCUCUGUAGGAACCGCCAGCUCGAGCAUCCUCAUUUCAUCGAGGUGCCUCUUUCUUCACCAGAUGGUUUGUUCUUGAGAGAUGUAAUUGAGAGGCUUAAUGUUCUUAGAGGCAGAGGAAUGGCUGCCAUGUAUUCAUGGUCCUGCAAGAGAAGUUACAAGAAUGGAUUUGUUUGGCACGAUCUUUGUGAAGAUGACUUGAUUCUACCUGCUCAUGGAAAUGAAUAUGUUCUUAAAGGUUCUGAGCUAUUUGAAGAGUCCAAUUCGGAUCGUUUUAGCCCUGUUGUAAAUAUAAAAAUGCAAAAUCUUAAGUCAUUACCAGAACCACCAUCUUCUAGGUGCCAGGACGAUAGUUCAUCAUCUUCUAGCAUGAACGGAAAGGGAACUAAACAUUCUCAGGAAGAUGAGCUUUCUCCUUCAGUUCAGCAGCCUGGUUCCUCUGCUGUCUCACCUGAGUCUGGAUACGAAAGGAAUUCUUCUUGGGGUGGGUCUCUCUGUUUGACGGAGUACAAGGUCUAUAAGAGUGAAGGACUUGCUGAUGCUUCUACGCAGACUGAAGAAAAUGGCAGCAGGCCUAAAACUCGUGAAACCUGUACUAGGGGUGUUUCUACUGAUGAUGGCUCGCUAGAACCUCUAUGUAACCAGAAUUAUCAAAACCAGACUCCAUGUGCAAAAGAGAAUUCUGAGGCACACACAGAAUCUGUUUCUCCUCCACCAUCUUCCUGCAGUGCCUCUUAUUCGGGUGGAAAAACUGAGACACUGGAGUCCCUGAUUAGAGCUGAUGCUAGUAAGAUCAAUAGUUUCAGAAUUCUUGAAGAGGAGGGACUGAGAAUGCCAACCAAUGCAAGAGUCAAAGCUACAAAUAUGUUGAUGCAAUUGAUAUCUUGUGGGUCAAUAUCAGUGAAAGAUCAUAGUUUUGGCCUUGUUCCGACCUAUAAGCCAAGGUUUACUCAUUCAAAGUUUACUUCGCCAUUUUUCUCUACUUCAAUUAUGUUGGGAGAGCUUGAUUGCUUGUCAGAGAACCCAAGACUGAUGGCUCUAAGAUUGGAAGACAAAGAAUAUUUCAGUGGUAGCUUGAUUGAGACAAAGUUGCUCAAGGAAGAAGGAGAUGGAAAUACCUCUCUGAAACGUUCUUCUUCCUAUAAUGCUGACAGGACUUGCAAGCAAUCAGAUACGGUCGAGGAUACCGAGGACUCAAACUCUGGGGGUUCCAAAUGCAUACCCCGUGCAAUCAAGGCAUCUUUAAGCAAGCAACCCCGAAAUGAUUCCAUGAGAUCCCCUGCUUUCGACAAACCAAAAAGCUCCUCGGAUGGGGCUGACAGCUCACAAGAUACCUCUGCUAGCACAUCUAAUAGCGUCAGUAGGAGAGUUACAGAACCUGCGACAGGUAAGAAACAUUCCAAGAGGGUGGAGUCCUUCGAAGAAGAGAAGGUGAUUAAAAUCGAGGAAAGGCUUGCUUCAGGAGCUCGGGUUAUAAUCCAAUCAAAAGCACCCUGCAAUGCCAAGGUUGGAUGCUCUUAGGGAACAAUAUUUUGGAGGUCUAGCAAGGGUCAAGGAAAGGUUGGUUACUUUUUUAAAUGGUAGCCGGUAUCAUGUUUUGGUUUUGAAUUUCAAAUGAUUCCAAUUUAUUUGCCGGGUCCACGUGAUGAUCUGUAACUCUCCAAAAGCAAACAAAAAAGUGAAGGUGAAAAAAAUUCGUAAAUUGCAAUUGGGGGGAUGGAUGUGGAGAUGUGAAGAGUGGUCCUUUUGCCUGCUGGAUCGAAAUCCCUGAUAGUCGGGAGUAAAUUUUGGGUCAGCCUUCUUAUAUAUUAAGAUGGUACCUUUUUUUAAAGAAUAAUUUGUAACUAGAGUUACCAUAUAUUUUGCAGUUCUCCGUUUCUCACGUGGGAGUUAUUUGGCUGCAACUGAAGGACAAAAAUAGAAAAAGAAAAAGAAAAGAGAAGAAAAAAAGAAAGCAUUUGACAGUUCCUUUUUCUUUUUGCUAAAAAUAUUUGACAGUUUCUGAGUUCUCAACCUCCCAAGGUAUGAAAGAAAAGAAAAAUUUUGUCAUUUUAAUCGGAUGUUAGUGCUGGUGCAGUAGUCUAACAUCCGAUUUGGAUUGUGACUGGCUGUAACAAGACAACUUGUUUUGACCGUAUGAUUAAAAAGGUUUGUUUUUUAAAUAAAGUCAAAAAGAUGGGUUAAAGAAA